GUCGCCACCCCCGACAGAUGGCGGUUUGAGCCGAGCGACAAACGCGGGGGUGAGAAUUCCGAGCGGUUGUUUCAGUACAAACGUAAAGGUCCUGAAAGAGGGACCUUGUCGUUGCCCUGUGCCUCAGGACAGCAUGUCAGGCGGCGAGGGGUCAGCCCCUGGGGUUAAAGCAAAUCACACCGCAGCCGAAGAAUUCGCGAAUAACGAGUGCAUCGUGAGCGUUAACGAGGUGGGCGUUACGUCAUCCGGGGAUGGUUUGCGACGGAGAAAAGUCAUCCACGCGGCUAAAGAGACUCUCGACAAAGCCUCGCGUCUCCUGAGACGCAAAAUACCAUGUACGGGUCACCUGAUGACCCCCCGCCGCCUAUGGAUACAAAAAGUGCCCACGCAGGAAUGCGAUGUCGUCGUCAUGUUCCCCAGCGGUGCACGGGACGAAACUCUGAUGUGGCUUCUGGGACGACUCAGGGCUGGGACUCCUGGACUCGUCGUUCACGUUCGUCAUCACACAUCUUCCGACAGCUACGGGUUCUACCUGACGGCUCCGUUUCCAGUCCUCCUGAAGGCGGCGGAAGAAGUCCACUUGACGAAAAGGCUGCGUCAGGAGUUUGGCGGUGGUCUUAAGGAGUUCGUAGGAACUGAGACGAGCUUUUUCGAGGGCAGCGAUGACGAGGCUGGCUUCUUCACCACCCAGGAAAGGCAGUCCCUGGUUCUCCAUCUUCUCCACACUCUGCGGGCGGGUCAACAAGACCUGCACAGCUUGCCGGGCCUCAAGCUAAUCGAGGGUCAAGCCAUCGUGCCGAAGUGCAUAUCGGCCGGGGUCAUUUCCCAAGUAUUUCCACUCCACGAGUUACCGGCCUUGGAAAAGCUCCAGAGGACUUGGGUCCGCGCCUUUCUCAGCCCACAACCUCUCGACGACAUUUGUCGAUACUUCGGGGUCAAGAUAACCAUGUACUUUGCUUGGCUCGGCCAUUACACCACCGCCCUAAUCGUUCCGGCUGCCGUGGGUGUCAUAUACUGGGUCGGCAUCAUCGGGCGGAACCAGGCGGUGGAGGACGUGGCCUACGUCUUGUUCUCGAUAUUCAACGUCGUCUGGGCCACCGUUUAUCUCGAGACGUGGAAACGACGGGGUGCCGAGUUGGCCUACCGAUGGGGAACCCUCGACCAACGCGACGACCUGCUUGUCGAACCGCGACCUCUCUUCACGGGUACACUUGAGAGGUCGCCGGUAACCGGAAGACUGGAGCCGACUUACCCGGCCUGGAGACGCAACGUCUUUCGGUACCUAGUCAGCAUACCAGUGAUAGCGGUGUGCCUAUUUUUAGUAUUUAUCGUCAUGAUUGUGAGCUUCCAAGUGCAGGACUGGUGGGACGCCGGACUUGAGUCUGCGGGUUACGGAUUCUGGCUUAGCUAUGUCCCGAAGGUUCUUCUCGCGGUGGUUAUCACCCUCAUGGAUGAGGCCUACUUCAAGGUCGCGGUCUGCCUCAACGAUAUGGAAAACUAUCGGCUCGACACCGAAUAUGAGAAUCAUCUGAUCUACAAAGUGGCCCUGUUUCAGUUCGUCAACUCGUUUCUAUCCCUCUUCUACAUCGCCUUUUACCUCCAAGACCAGGAGAGACUGAAAGAGCAACUGGCCGCCCUCUUGAUAGCUCGACAAGUGAUCGGUAACCUGAAGGAAUCGGCAGUUCCGUAUCUGGUGGAGCAGCUGCGAUUGGCUCGUUUGAGUUUCGAAUUGUUCGGGGCCCUGAGUCCCAGCGAGGCGCGACCGCCGCCUGGCGAAGAGGAAAUUCCCGAGUCGGAAAAGACGCGGGAAGUUAAAGAGCGGAAGAGGAGUCCCGGGGAUGAUGCGAAGGAGGACAACCGGGGCAAGGGAAAACGAAACGUCAGCCAGGCGGAGCUGGAGAGCUCGUUGUAUAGAGUAGGACACCCCUCAAAUUUCCUACUUAGUGACAGUGCCUUGAAGUACGACGGUGCCUUUUCGGAACAUCUGGAAAUGCUAUCCCAGCUGGGAUACGUCUGCCUGUUUUCGUCGGCGUUUCCAUUGGCAGCAGUCGCGGCCCUCUUGGGAAAUUUGCUGGAGCUUAGAGGAGACGCUUUCAAGCUUUGCUUCGUGCUCCAACGACCCUUCGGUAGAAGAGUAUCGAACAUCGGUACUUGGCAGAACGCGAUGGAGGCGAUGGGAUUGGUCGCGAUUCUCGUCAACUGCGGACUGAUCAGCCUUAGCGGUCAGGUGCAGAGGAUGUUCCCCGAGAUGUCGGCGACCCAAACGAUCCUGCUGAUCGUUGCCCUCGAGCACAUCAUGCUCGCCAUUAGAUUCGUAAUUGUCUGCGCGAUACCCGAUAUUCCGAGCUGGGUGGCAACCGAAAUGGCAAAGGUCGAAUUCCUGAGACGCGAAGCUGUUCGCCGACUCUCCUCGACCCCUUCGCCGGAGCAACAACCGCCGACGGUGAUCGGCCGAUUUGUCGUGAGUCCAGCCGACGGUGAGGAGGAACAGGAAUCGAUCGAUUCGCGUAACGACGAUGACUCUGUGGCCUCGAGUCAACCCGGAACUCCGGGGCUGGGAUCAACGGCCCAAACGCCGAGCAAUCCACCGACGCCGAGCGCUGCGACGGUGCCCAGAAUCGCAGAGACUCCUCCACCCCUCGAGACGCCAGGAACCCCCGGAAGCGGCGAUCGAAGCCCCCUGGGAUCCGGAAACAACGGCAGCAUAAACCGCGAGGUUCACAACACCCCAAGAGCCUCAAUCCCCGGCGGUGAAAGAGCGCGGAGAUCUCGCGACUGGUUGACCGGUGAACCCGCACCAUCAACGCCGGGAAGCGACCACUAUAGUCACCAUCUCACGAUUGGUCCCCACGGGGGUGUCGACUGGGUGCGAAGAUUAGGCCUGGAACCUGCGGGGCGCAAAACAAGCGACUCGGAGAUAAGCGGAACCGGAAGCGGAAGUGGAAGCGGCGACGAACUGGCGCUGCGUCGAUCAACCGACUGCAUCGUUUCAAAAGAGCUCGCUUCUUCUUCGGACAGCGAUUUGCUAAGAGCGCAAAAGUUCAGAUUUUCGCCAGAAAAAGAACGGGAACGAGCUGUGGCCGACAAGCAAUCAAGGGACCAGCACCAGUACCAACAGGACUACCGGCGAGAGCAGCGAGAGUUAAGGGAGCAACGUGAGCAGCGAGAAUUGCGAGAGCAGAGGGAGCUGCAGAAGGAUAACCGGGAGAUUCGAGACCACAGAGAGCGGCACUUGCAGCAGCACGAGAAGACGGACAGCGGUCUGUCGGACUCGAGUAGAACGGUGUCGAGUCAGGAGGACGAAAAGACGUCGAAGGAGGAGCGGGAAGCGAAAAAGACGAGGGUCAAGCAGAGCCUGAUGAAGCGGGCGCGGUCGGUCGCCAUAUUCUCGUUAAAGCUCAAGGAGCGAAGGGCGAAGGAGGCCGAGGUCAAGGCCAAGGAUGCCGAGAGGGAGGCGAGGUGGCAACAGCCGCAGUCCUGCGUCGGUGGAGAACUUUCCUGCAUACCGAUCGAGAAAUUGAUAUCCGUCGACGACAUAGCGACGAUGGACAUGCGCAGAAAGAAUUAGUGAUAGCAUUAGUAGUAUAAGUAAUUUUGUUAAAAAGAAGAAGUAAGCAAUUAUUAUCAUUAUUAUUAUUAUUAU